AUGUAUGGAGUAAUGUUCGUGCUCGUAUUCGGCUUCCUGUUACUCCCGGGCCCUUCCUGCAGCAACUCAGAUAAUAUAGCUCUUCUUCUGGGUACUCUCAAAAUGAUGCAGCGUGCCUCCUGUGAUGAUGAGAUGGUCUCCCUGGCGUGCCCCACGGGAACAGCUAUCAGCAUCCAAGUGGCCCAGUAUGGGAAAGCGACGGGGGAGGGGAGGAGUUGUGUUGCGCAGGAGUCGAGAGGUGUCGACGUGGAAGUGGUGGGAGAAGAAUGUUUGUGGCCUAAUACUAUGCAGUAUUCUCUUCUCCAAACGGUGGUGGAGGCGUGUCAGAAAAAACCGCAGUGCAAAUUUAGCACAAAACCGAAGUCAGGACUGGUGGACCCUUGUCCUCACGCGAGGAAGUUCGUGGAGGUCGCAUACAAGUGCAGACCAUUGACCUUCAGGAGUCGGACUUGCUGCGAGGGUGACGUCAUCAGGCUGGGCUGCAACCCCCAUUCCAGGAUUGCCAUCUUCGAAGCCCAGUACGGGAGGACCAUGUUUGAGUCCAUCAUUUGCCCUCAAACGCAAGGAGUGACUGAUGAAACCUGCACCACUCCCCAUGGAACUGACAUCGUGAUGCAGAUCUGCCAUGGCAAGCGGAGGUGUACUGUGGAAGCCAACAGCAAAACCUUCGGGACGCCUUGCAAGAACAUGUCUAGGACUUACCUCAAAGUAGUUUAUGCUUGUGUUCCCCUGGGAGUGCUGAUAGAGAGGUACGAGAGUGCGGCUGAAAGCGAUGAAAUUACCAAAACGGACAAUAGUGAACAAAAUUUUUUCGACGAUUCAGAGGGAGCGAGGGAGCGCUGGGGGGAAACUAACGCGGUUCCAGCGGUGGCCAACCCGAUCCCUCCUGAAGACUUUACUUCACCGCCAUCAACAGUAAAUAAUGAAGAAACCACAUCCACGAGCCAAACGAAAGAAAAUAGUACAGAAACCCGUUCGGAUCACAAAAUAAAAUUAUUUGUAUAUGUCGGAUCAGGAAUAAUACUGUUCAUAAUUUUAAUUCUACUCCUUUUUGCCGUACGAUGUUAUAUCAUUCGUAAAUCAUCGAACGACUCUAAAACAGGAGAUAUGUUCACAACAGAGGCUCCGAAUGUAUUUAAUGAUGCGAAUUCGGAUAUAGAUAACGAUAUAGAUGUGAGUCACAUUUCUGGAACUUUCUAUGAUCCUGUCCAUCCAGAUAUGAUUCUUUAUAGAGAAGCUAAUGGAAGCAAAGGCACUAUAAGAGCUAUGAGGCCUUUAUCUACUAUAUACCCUUGCGCUGGCGCAAGCAUGUAUGGGAACGUAGAUUACGUACCUCAAGCAAGAGAGGUAAAGUAUAAAAAUCAGGACGAGCCUGAAAGUAUGGUUAGUCCAAGGAGUUUAGGGAACUUCUCAAAUUCCCAGUUUUAUUAUGGCUGACGGAGGGCCGCCGGGGGGCAGGAUGACGCCUCAAGGACAUAUUGCUUCUAGUGAUUGGACUGUCCGUUAAUUAAAUGCUUUUAAAGCUUGAAAAUUGUUGCUAUGAGCGCUGUAUGGAGUUGGAUAAGAUUUUGAUAGUAUGAAUAUAAUAAUUUAUUGUUUUGCAAUACAAUGUGGUAGCGAAAGAACUCAACAGUUUGAGA